UCCGGAUUCCAGCCGGAAUGAGUGUUCUGAUUCCUGUGCAUCAGAUACACUACGACCCGGAGCUCUGGGGUGAUCCUCAAAAAUUUCGCCCCGAGAGGUUUAGUGCUGACAAUGGAAGAACGUUCAAUCCCAUGGCAUACCAAGCAUUCGGCAAUGGUCCACGGAGCUGCGUCGGCUUGCGCUACGCUCAACAGCAACUAAAGCUGAUGUUUGCCAAGAUCUUAGCAAAGUACAAGAUCAUCCCCGACGACAGAUACUUAGAGGAGGAUCACCUCAAACUGUCCACUUCAUUUGUCUUCUGCAAACCUCAGGAUGGCGUUUGGCUCAAGUUUCAGAGGAUUUAGAGUGAGACAUAAAUCAACGAAUCGUGCUUGUGUAGAUUUUCUUUCUAUCAUCUAUUGACUCCAAAGAA